UGGGGUAUCGUCGAAGUUCGAAGUUCAUACGUUACAGUAAAAAUAGGGUAGUCGCUGGCUGGCUGGCUGUGUGUUCGUUGGGAAUUACAAACAGCUCGGUGGCCACAGAACUCAGUGACAACCGGCAGGGGAAACCGAAAAUGGCCCUCAGCUGAACGGCCUCUGCUCUUGCCCUCCUGUCGGCGGAUUUAUAGACCCACGGCUAGCUGGGUGCUAACGUUAGCACGCUAGCUCGCCUUAGAGCUCAUAGCAACUGCUGCUAGCUAACGUCAGUGGACUGGUACUCUUUACACUUGCAGCUAUGUUCGUCCAGGAGGAGAAGAUUUUCGCCGGGAAAGUGUUGAAAAUACACAUCUGCACCAUGGACGGCACGGAGUGGCUGGAAGAGGUGACGGAAGACACCACUGUUGACAAACUGAAGGAGAAGUGCUUGAAACAUGUAGGUGUUUGGGUUGUUUGUGUCUCCCUGGUUGCCUUUUUUUGUCCUGUCACUCCUGAGCCGGGGGUGUUUGCAGUCUCCGUGCCCUCUCUUUAAACUGUCAGUGUCACUGGGUUUGUAUUUUUAGUAACUGGGUAGACUCUGCUAUUUAUAAUUGAGCAGGGUGGCUGCCCCUCUGAAACCAGCUAACAGCACAGCUCUCCCCCUUUCCUGUAAGCAGAGACUAUACAUAUAGGCAUGCUGCUUUAAGUUACUGACACCCUAUAAUUACACAGCUCAUCUCUUUCUCCUUCUAUGGCAUCUGUGGUAUUAAGUCUACUUGAAGCUGUUUUUACUGACAACAUGAGAAAUAUACAAACAAUCGGAUAUUUUAUGAUCCAUCAAACACAAGCAGCAUAAUGUGAAAGUCCAGAUUUAAUCAUCAUGGAGCACUUCAUCAUGUUUUAUGGUAUAGCUUUUUGCUUUAUUCUCACUUUUUAAUUGAUAAGAUGGGUUGAGCAAAAAUGUAUUUAAAAGAAAGCCAGUCAUAAUUCGGGUUUCUGUUUCUGUGCUUGACUUAAAAAAAGUUCAUAUCCUAAACAUAAAGUAUGAAUUUUAACUUUUUCAAAAGAUAUCCAGCAAUGCUAAUAAAUCUCCUAUCACUUCAAAUUAUUACAGCAUAACCGCAUUUUUAGCAUAAACAACCGUCUCAAUAUUACUGUGAUUCUUCUGAUCUUGCACCUUUUGUCGGAUAGAGAGCAUUGUUUAAAGGUGAUAAAUUUAAUCAUCUUUUAAAGCUUAUUAAAGUAGUUGGCAGAUGACAUAAUGAUGAAAAUAACUUUGAGCUAAAUCUCUGUCAGGCUGCACAGUAUAGGAAAACACAAACAUCACAGCUUGUUUUCUUUUAAAUACAGGAAGCCAUAUAAGUGGUGUGUUUUUUAAUUACUACAGUUCUCAUUGAUGUCACAAUAUUGAAAAACAGGGUGGCACAUCCCCCCACCCCCACAUCGUGCCAAAACAGAGUGACAGAUUUGCUGAUAAACUAAGUUUAGAAGAAAAAAAGAUAUCGGCUGUGUCCGAAAUGGAUCCCUAACCCCUAUAUAGGUAACUACAUGGGGGUUAGCGCCAUUUUGAGGGGUGUCCAAAACCUUAGUGAUCAAUUCCAGUGCCCUAUAUAGGCGACUCAAAAUUUCCCAUAAAGCAUUGCAAAAUGUAGCGACCAUCUGAUGGUUACUCGCCGGUGGUGGGCAUCCUGUCAUGCAUUGCGUCAUGCCAUGUAGUGUCUGAAACCUCCAGUGAUUGAGUCCACCACAUAGUCAGCUAUAUAGUGAAAUCCCAUAUGGAGGUUAGGGGUUAGGGAUUCAUUUCGGAGACAGCCUUAGUGUCACAAACUAUGAAAGAAAGUACUGUUGGUUUAUGAUUGUAUAUGCACACAUAGAAAAUUUGUUUAAGUUCAUCAGACUGAUUAUUGAUAUUAUUUAGGCUGAUAUCUGUGCACAUGAGGGCAGUUUAAAAAAAUAAGCAAACAACAUCUGCAGUUGAUGCAAAGAACCUCAUCAGUGAUUUGAUUUUGAUUUUGAUUUUAUUAAGAUCCCCAUUAGCUGUUACACUAGGUGGCAGCUACUGUCCCUGGGGUCCAUUAAAAACAAUAAAAUGAACAAUUACAUCAAUUAAAAAUAUUAAUAGUCAUAAUAAUGAAAAAGAAAAAAAAGUCAUAACAACAAAACACUUGCAAAAUCAAUACAAAACCAUAAUACCAAUAACAACAAAAUAAUACUUAUAAGAAGUCAGAUAUAACAACCCUGUAAAACUUAAAAAUAUUCAUGGACAGGGAAUCUGAACUGACCAUAAUCAUUGCCUGCAGUCACUUGAUAGAUGAUGGUGUCUGAGCAGGCUGUGCAAUCAAUGUGAAUGAUUUCCUUUUUUUUAAUAUGUGUGUUUGUUCACUCAAAUUUGGCUUGUAGUCAAAUCUGUCAUCAAACUGAAACAAACAUAAUUGACUGAGAGAGCGUUUUGGAAAGGUAGUAGAAAGGUUAGUUUUCAGUUCCAGGCCUGUUACAAUUACCAUGCACUCUGCUAUAAAUGAUUGCCUACAUUUCCUGGGCUCCUAUUUUUCCAUCCUAAUUCACGCCAUAUUUAACUUAAAGCGGUAAGUGUUUACUGAAAUUUUGAUGUUAUAGAAUAAUGCUGUUUGAUAUUGCUUCUGACAUAAAUAUCUGUCAUAUUCUGAGUCUACAGUAUAUCCUGAACUUAUAAAUUGAUGAAAAACAAACCUUACUGUAGUGUGCAUGGACUAACAGAGUUGCGCACAACUUGUUUUUCAUUUGUUAUGAUAUAAUUGUAGUGUUUUGUUAAAUGCAUAAAAACAUCAAUGUGUUAUCAACAUCAUUUAUCAGCCAUCAGCUCUCCUGCUCUCUAAUGAACAGUAUUAGCAUCAGCUAUUGAAAUCCUCUUAUCCUAAGAUCCUCUUAUUGCUAUAUCAAUAAAUUUGUACUGUAUUGUGCAGCUCUAAUCCCCACAGUUUAUGGUUUGUUCUGAGAUGCUUUGUUUUUGUUGACAGUACAUGCAUGGAAGCCUAGAAGACCCUAAAACCCUCACACACCAUAAACUCAUACAUGCUGCUACAGAGAGAGUCCUCACUGACACCAAAACUGUUGCAGAUGAAAACCUCAAAGAUAAAGGUAUUUGAAACAAUGAAAGCUUUACAAUGAUAUUUAGGAGCCUCCACCGUCUACAUAAACUGAAUAUGUUUCCUUUGUGUUGCAGAGGUUUUGCUGCUUAUAAAGAAAAGACCACCACCGACCCCUCCAGCAAUGGCAGAAGUUAGUUCAGACGAAAAAGUAAGAUCAUCCAAAAGCUUUACCAAUCAAGAUGUUUCCUGACCAUUGUUUCAAAACUCUCUCAUCAGCCUGCUUUUAAUCAUCUCUUUACAUUGUUAUAGAAGAAACAAGAAAACAAGGCUCCGGAUAAAGAUGCGAUUCUAAAAGCCACCGCCAGCCUGUCUACACGCCACACUGACCGCACUGUUACCCAGCAUAACAUCAGAGAUGUAAGUUUAUUGCAGAAUCACAGAACACAUGAAGAGCUAAAAUCUAACAUACAUGCUUUACAAUAUCAGCGAUACUGUUGACUUGGAUUGGGUGUCUGUUUUCCCAGUUUCAGACGGAGCUCAGAAAAAUCCUGGUUUCCCUCAUUGAAGUCGCCCAGAAGCUUCUCGCCUUGAACCCUGAUGCUGUAGAACUCUUCAAAAAGGCAAACGGUGAAUCCUACAAUCCCUUCAAACUCUACAUCAGUGCUCCCAGUGUCAGACAGGAAGAUAACAGUAUUGGGUUUGACUUGUAUGAGACAAAGACUUCCUUGGCUGAAGUGGACUGAGUCCUUUUUCCCUGUCAGGCGAAAUCAGAAAGCCUGUUUUAUUUUAAAACUCUGACAACAUUCAAUAUGACAACCAGUAUAUUGAACUGUGCUGCUGCUGCUGGCAUUAAAGAACAUCAUGAUCAUUGAUUGGGACACUUAACACAUAUCCUCAAAUCCUAUUUUCAGUUCACUGAUCUCUUUGUGUCUCAUUUUUUGCAGCAAUGUUAGAUGAAGAUGAAGAGGAUCGGGUAGAUGAAACAGCACUUCAGCAGCUCACAGAGAUGGGUUUCCCUGAGAGCAGAGCCAUCAAAGCUCUCAGAUUAAACCAGUAAGUUUGUGUUGCUGUGAAAACAACUCACUGGAAAUAAGUCUGUUUAUCUAGGAUUUGUCUAAAGCAAUUAUUCUUCUAAAACAAACUGAUACUUGAAAACCUCCAAGAAAUUAAUCUUCCUGCUGGACGUUACAGUUGGCCCUUAACAGAAGCCUCCUUCUUAUCUCUUUGCAGCAUGUCAGUGACACAGGCUAUGGAGUGGCUUAUUGAGCAUGUAGAUGACCCCUCUGUAGACUCACCACUACCAGGCCCGGACUCCUCUGGAGCAGCAGGAGCUGCUGCAGCCGCCACUACAGCCCCCUCAGCUUCAUCCUCAGCUUCAGCCUCUGCCUCAGCCUCUGCCUCAGCAGCAGCGUCAGGCUCAUCCUCCACCCCUCGCCUCCUCCGCAGUCUCUCCAGCCAGUCUAGCACAGAGGAAAGCAGCCGGCAGGACGAGCUCACAGAAAUCUUUAAGAGGAUCCGUAGGAAACGGGAGUUCAGACCAGACUCAAGAGUGAGCCACAUUGUCCAGUGAAUUCCUUAGGACUCAGUUUUAUUGGCCUGUGAAAGUGUAGAAAUCUGAAAAUGUUAACUUUAAUUGAUUUAGCAUGUUAAGAUAUUACCUCUCCUAUCUUUCCUUUGUACUUGUUUGGUUGUUUUUAUUUUGACGCUGUUUAUUCUUCACAUUUAAGAGAAAGCACAGAUGCAGCAAAUAAUUAUUUCUGCCCAGAAGAAGUCUUGAAUAAUCUUGAGCUGCCUGCACAGUUGUAACUGUAAAAUGCCCUUUUCUACUUCGUCUGAGUCAGUUUUACAAUAUAGAUGAAAGAAACAGAGGACCAGAGAGAGCCUUUUAGACACAGAGAGUACUGAAACAUGCACUAGUGGGUAUAAAGUGUAAUGGCUUCAGUGACAGAAUUUCUCCUCUCUCUCAUUGUACCUCAGCUUCCAGAGGAAGAAGGCUCCCCUGUAUUUCUAAAAAUAGAAAACUGAUUAAAACAUCCUCUUCCAGCACAGCAUACUGCAGGUUGAGUGGCUCCAACUGUUUCAUCUGCUGUGCACAAAUUACAUUUUUUUCCUCCUUUAAGACACCUGCCGAGCUCCACAGACUGUGACAGUGUUUGUUGUGAUAAUUGAACAGGGACGUUUUAAACUGAGCACACACUGUCUUCCUUCUUUGAUUCUGCAGGCUGUUAUUGCAUUGAUGGAGAUGGGGUUUGAUGAAAAGGAGGUGAUUGAUGCUCUGAGGGUGAAUAACAACCAACAGGAUGCUGCAGUAAGUGCACACGUCUACCGGAGCAGUCUUUGCUAACAAUGGCGGAUUUGACAAAUGGCCAAGACAUUUAUUUUAUUUUUAUUUGUUUAUUUGCACUACUUAAAAACAACAAAAACAACAACAAUACAAGCAAAAUACAACAAAACAUGUGCGGGUGAGGUAGAAACCCAUUUUGGGCUUAUUUUAAACCUCUCCUAUAAAGCAAUAACACAAUUUACAGAGUAAAGCAGACAAUAUAUAUAUAUAUAUACAUAUAUAUAUAUAUAAUUAUUUAUAUAUUUAUAACAUUAUACAAAAUAAUAUAGAGUAGCAUAAAACACACAAAGUGAACCAAUUCCAAAAAAAUAAUAGUUUAAAAUAUCAAAAUAAUGAUAAAGAAACAAAAACAAAAAAAAACAAAUAAAAACACAAAAAAACAAGGAGAAAGAACAAAACAAAAAACGAAAGCAAAUGAAAACAAAUUAACAUCAAUUACAGAAGUGAAAAUAAAGCCCUCAUAGGUCAAUUUCUCGUUCUGACCUGUAAAAAUAAAAGGGAUUUAACCUGUUGUAAUUUAAGAGUAGCUUUCCAAAGAGACUGUGGGGGCCAAAGCCUUAAAAAGAAAUUCCUAACCCUGCAUGCUGACCUCCAUUAAGAUGAAAAAUAAGAUUUACAGAAAUAAGAUUUUAAUCAUGAAAGUUAUUUUGGCUUUAUGCUGUGUGUCCUUGUCCUGCAGUGUGAAUGGCUGUUGGGAGACAGGAAACCUUCUCCAGAGGAUAUGGACAAAGGCAUCGACACCAACAGCCCGCUGUUCCAGGCCAUCCUGGAGAAUCCAGUGGUCCAGCUGGGUUUAACCAAUCCCAAGACUCUGCUAGGUACAGUCUCAUCUAAUGCAACAAAGAUUCCAGGUUAAAAUCUGAGAAAUCCUAGUGUUAUUCUGCAGCUUUUAGGAAAUUGUUUGUGUAGGUAGAAUGUGGAAACAAACAUAAAAAAAUAAGUUAUUUAGUGAAUGCAGUUUACACUUUUAUCUAGAAAAAAGUGUUGUUUCAAUCCAGAAGCACUUUUAAUUUGUCCCAGAAAAGCAACACUGCUUUCUUGCUCCAGCGUGCAUAUUUGAACAAAGCCAAAGAAUAUAAGACAAAUAAGUAUUUGACCAUGUCUUUAAUAAGACGAUUAUACUAAUUUGCAGCUCCAUCUCCUUCUAUUGUGAAGAGUGAAGCCACAUUACCGCUUUGUUACUGCCUGGUGGAGAAAAGACAUGAGCAGAAGCAAUCUGACAGAUGUCACACCCCUUCUGUUAAAUGAUAAAGUGACAUACUGUUAAAAUCAACAGCAGAACUGAUUCCUGUGUUGAUAUCAAGUGGACACUUGUGGUUAUAGAGAGACUCCUGUGUUAGGUCGCAUUCACACCAGAACUCUUUGGUUCCCUUUGAACAAACCCUGCUCCAUUUUCCUGGGUACUCUGGCUCAUUUGGAGUGGUGUGAAAGCUCAACUGAACCCUGGUCUGCUUGAAAAUGGGGAUCUUGGUUUUUCAGGGUGCGUUUUGAACAAAAGCAACUGGGACUUUUAUUUCCAGGAACCUAUCUUUAAGGGACUCAAUGGUCACUGGAGUCUGCGUUUUUACUGGGGGCCUGAAAGUCCUGGUUACAUAAUGCGAAUCAGGCCACAGACAUUCAGGGAUAGUGACUGGAAAUAAGUUGACUGCACAGUUUUUUAUUCAAAUAUCUACUGAUUUUUUUUAAACAUUUUUUACUUUGGGGCAAGUGGGAUUUAAAACCUAUACUGCAGCCAGUCACUAGAUGGAGCCGCUCACUUAGGACAGCCCAACAGCAGCCUUGGCUUCACUCGGAGUAGCAGUUGAGUAUGUGUGCAGCUGUGAAAUAAUGGUCUUUUUUAACCCUUGUGCCUUGUCUCUUCGGCUGCAGCAUUUGAAGACAUGCUGGAAAAUCCUUUGAACAGCACCCAGUGGAUGAACGACCCAGAAACCGGCCCUGUCAUGCUCCAAAUAUCCAGAAUCUUCCAGACCCUCAAUCGCACAUAGAGCCACCUGGUGACUUCCCUUGUGUGACUGUGGCAGCUUGUGCGUGCGUGUGUGUGUGCAAGUGUGCAAGUGUGUGAGACCUUAAUGGGAUUUAUGAAUGUGUAUGUAACUGGGCGUGGCAGAGACACAAGUAUUGUUUUUGCCUUGUAAAGACAGAGCCGACAGGGGUCUGAGUAUGAAAUAAGAUGUUCUACAUAUAACUAUUUAUAACAGAACAGUAAAAACACUUAUACAAAUGUUAACAUAAGCAUUAUUAUUAUGACAGUAAUAAUAAAAAACAAGGUUUAGUAUGUUGUUUUUACAUUUUAAUGAGAACAAUUUAUAGUUAUGACAGACAUGAUUUAUUUUCUAUAAUUUCUCCAUGUGCAAAAAGACAUCAAACAUCAAUUUAAUGUUUACACUUCAAAGGAAACUGUUUUGUAUGUUUUGCAAUAUUUAAAUAUCAAUUACAGUUCUGUGUCUGUCUCUUUAACUUGUGUCACUUUAUCAGCGGUAAAUGUGUGGACGUCCUCAGUCACUUUCAUGUUGCUUUUUUCCUUACUCCUUUUUGUCUUGUUUCUGUCCUCAUACCUGUGUGUAACCGGCAGGCUGAUGGUCACAGGUGAGUGUCAGGCGAGUUUAAAAUCAGCUUCAGACACGUCCACUCUGUGUCAGUUCAUACCUGUGAGGUCACUGUAAGCCAGCCGUUUCAAGAGAACAUUUGUCCUUAAGCCUCUUCAAGAAUAUUUAUUUGACUUUCUUGCCUUCUUAGACAAAAGCUGUACACUAAACUGUUUGUGUCUUAGUCAUGUUUUUACAAGGAAACUAUAUAGUAGGCCUGUGUGUUUAUUGUCAAUGUGUUUUUGAAUGUCAUAUAUUCAUGUUGCUCUCACUUAGCACUUGUUCACCUCUGUGAAUAUCACUCACUGCAGCACUGAGGAAGUUCAAAGAAGGGUUUGUGUUUCUGUCUCUCGAGGCUGUAGUGAGACAUUAAGUGAAGCCGAGCCUAAUCAAAAGAGGGUUCGCCUUCAUAACCUUUCAUUUGGAUGAUGAAGAUCCAAGCUCACUCAUGCGGAGGGUGUUUGAACGUCUUCAUUCAUACAAAGAAAUAAUAGUUUAAGACAAGCCGGUGUUUGUGUUUUUGUUUACUUUUUCUUUUCUUUCCUUUUUUUUUUUUUUUUUUACUUUGGAGAGCAAUGAACAUUUAUGCUGUCAAACCAAAUCAAAAUGUCACUCUAUAUAUAACCUGCCUUGUCAUUAGAUGUACCCAUCGACAAAUACCCUCUAUUUCUGUGCAAUAGCAAGGUCUUCUGUUAACCCGUAAAGAAAUAUAUUUGAUUUGAGUGUUCUGAGGUGUGUGGUUAGCAUUGGGGUUGUUUGAUACACAAUAUUAGCCUUUGCAUUGAGUACUUACAACUCCUGGUUGUACCCAGAGUUAGAAACAAAACAGAGGGCGGUGUGUUUUGCCAAGCUUUUUGAGUGUUUUUAUUCAAUAUUUAAAAUGUGGUAUUGAUGUGACUUUCUGCUCAGGGAGGCUGAGAUUGUUUUUCUAAACCUGUUGUUAUGGCAAACCUCUGCUCACCCCAGUCUUGUUCGGCAUUUGGAAAAAAUGGCUUUAACCAAUCAGUGUAAAACUUUGCUUAUGAAUAAGCACCACAGGACAUGGUUUCGUAAAUGCAAUAUUUGGAAAUAUUUAAAUGUUUUUAGAGAGAAGUGUCUGUUUAAACAAUGUAUUAUUACAUUAUUUAUAUUGAAGCCAAACUAGUAACUUGUUCUUAUUUAUAACAUUUUUAGCAAACCUCAAAGCUGAUCUACAAAUGUGAAAAAAUUCAAUGAUUCAAAUGUUGUUUUUACAAACCAUUAUUAAAAUGUGCUGAUGGACUGGUAGGUCGCCAUGUAAGUUUAAGUCUGAAGGAGGACUUCUGCGUGUGUCUCCGCACACUUUCUGCACUGCAGUGGACUUUUCAUCAUAACCGCAGUGACCAGCUGUCUCACCACCUCCAUGCUUUGCAUCAGCAUGUGUUAAAAAAAUAAUUUUUUAAAGCUGUCCUGUCAUAUCUUGAAGCAAACAUUGGGAGAUGGAAUUUUUAAAGAAGAAAAAACAAGCCCACAGGAAAUGCAGACAGCUUUCAGAACAGAGAAGAACAAAACUCAUGUUGUCGCUUGGGGACGCUGGAUAUUGUUGGAGUCACAGGCUACUGUUUUCACUCGGCUUUCAUGCAGGACUGUCCCAGAUUUACAACCUAUGCAAUAUUCUUUCACAGUCUGUUCAUCCAAACAGCCUUAUGGCUACUGGCAUCUAAAUCACUAUUGCAUUAAAGUUAUUUUUUGUGGCUGUA